UGAGCCGCUUGCAAGACGUGCCAAGGUCAUACACCAAACAUACAUUUCUGUGUGUGUAAAUAUAUAUAUAGAGUUACAACAACAUUAGAUAUAUAUAUAUAUUUAAAAGACAUCAUAUAGAAAUAGUACGAGGGACGUUUAUUAUAUAUUUAAAAGAAGAGACUUUGAAGAAGUAGAAGGGUUUUUGGAGCUUCGCGGUUUUUGUUCGAUCGUUGCUGGACGACGAUUAUUAUCAUAGUUCUUGUUAAAUUUGAGCAGUGCUACUGCUCUGGGGGGGACAAGAAGUUGUUGUUGUUUUUUUUGGAGUAGUUUCGGUUGAGGUAUGGCGCCGCGACGGCAUCACGUCCAAGUGCAAGGACUCCUCGGAGUGGUGGAUUCCUCCGAGGAGGCAGCGGCCGGCGUGACCAGGUGCUGCGUGCCAACGGGCGACUGUCUUCGCGCCCAGCAACAGCUCAGUCCCAACAACAACGAUCCGAUGCUGAUCUCGCUGGACGACCUGAGGGACACGGUGCGUGUGACCUGCAACAACGAGGCCUGCAUCGUCGGACGAUUCAUGCAUCGCGAAUGCUUCGAUCAGUGGGAGCAGACGGUGCUCGCAUAUCUGAAGACGUGCGGCAGGGCGAGAUCGUGGUCGGAGAGGCAACGCCAUCAGAACCUCUGGACGAAGAAGGGCUACGAUCUUGCGUUCAAGGCGUGCGGCUGCAAGUGCGGCCGUGGACAUCUGAAGAAGGAUCUCGACUGGAUGCCGCCGCCACCGACUAGCAACAUCUUCGGACGGGUGGAAGAGAUCGAGACUGGGAAGAAGAAAAAGCGCAAUCGAAAUCGUAAUUCGCGUCCAGUUCUGGCUAUAUCGGCCGCUCAUCAUGCGGCCGUCUCCACCGUCGCCGCCCCCAUCGAGGCGAGGCAGAGGACCGGAAGUCUUUCCUCGAGCACCGGGUCGUCUUCGCCACCGGCCACCUCCAGCGAACCGAGCGUCUCACCCAUUCACGCGCACACCAAGAAGAAAUCCAAGUUCGAGUUUGCCGACAGAUCACGGUAA